CUUGAUUGAUAAGGCUGCUAUCGUCAGGUCUGCUGCGCAACUACUCACGUCUGGUUGUUUACACUCUCUCUGGCUAAACAUGGCCGUUGACAAACACACUCAUGGCAGUUAGAACUCGAUAACGUUUGACUUAUUUGAAUUUACACAUCCUAAUUUGCCAUACAAGCCGCUGUGCAAAUACCGACUUAGUUGUCUUAACCUUGUUGUUGCUAGUUUGGUUUUUAUCUCAUCUUCCUGUGACUCGUUAGCCGCUGAAGCUAGGUAAGCGGGCUAACUUCUCCAUAGGGAACAAUGACAGCGACUUCUGCAGGUAGCAGCAGCUGCGUCCCCGCUAAAGGACUGGACAUAAGUCUGGCAGCUCUGCAGCGACAGGAUCCGUACAUCAAUAAUAUUGUGGAUGUGGCUAGCCAAGUCGCUCUGUAUACUUACAACAACAGGACAAAUGAGUGGGAGAAGACCCAGGUGGAAGGCACCCUUUUUAUCUACACAAGACUGGCAUCUCCCAGGCAUGGUUUCACCAUAAUGAACAGACUCAGUAUGGAGAACUUGACAGAGCCAAUCACCAAAGACCUGGACCUGCAGCUCAAGCACCCCUUUCUGCUUUACCGCAAUGCACGACUGGUUAUCCAUGGGAUUUGGUUCUACGAUAAGGAGGACUGUCAACGCAUUGCCCAGAGGAUGAAGUUUCUGAACCAGCAGGAAAAGGCCAUGGCUCCGUGUCAAGGUGGAUGGUUGUCCCCGGGAGGAGGCGGAAAUGAAGCGAAGUCAGUAGACAUCAUCCAGAUGUUGACCAAAGCGCGCACAGAAUAUGACAAGGGGCAAUCCACAUCCGAGCCAAAGGAGAUUGGUGGCAGCAGUGUUCUUUGUGGGAAUCCAAACCUGAUCAAACCGAUACCUGUUAAACCCAACACUCAGGACAGUGAAGGUGGUGAACCCAAGUCUCUCUCUCUGGCCUCUCUUUUUGGCUCUCAGCACCAGCGCCACCACUCGUCAAAACCUGACCCAGUCUCUCCCUUGGCAGCCCCUUUGGCAGGGACAUCACCGGGGAAAGUCACCCGCCCACCCGUAGCCCGCACGCUGACUUAUGAGGAUGCGGUGAAGUCUAGCAGAAGUGCGACCUCCAAAGAGGGGAAUAUCGCCGUGGCUGGGUGUUCAGACAGAGGAGUCGGGACUGGAGGACGAACAGCGGGAGAGGAUGGUGGAAAUGUUUUUGCGGGCUUUCUGCCGAAUCCCGCUGCUGCCCAUCAGCAGCAGGACCAGCCUCAGCACUGCCCAGCCAUCCAGAAGCUCAUGCAAGGACAGAGAGCAGUCGGGGGGCUUGUAGGGGUGCUUCAGACCGUGUCCGAGUCCCCUGAGAACAGGCUGUGUGACAACGGGGUGCCGCUGGAGCAUCACCACCAUCACCAUCUGCUCCAUCACCCUCAGCAGCACCAUCAUCAUCAUCAUCAUCAUCAACAACAACAUCAGCAGCAGCUUCAACCAGACCCAAUCCAGAGACUUUUCCAGACCCAGCCACUUCCUCCUUCCUCCACCUCCCUCACCUCUGCUGCUCCACUGUGUUACUCCAACCCCCCUCAUCUCUCUUCGCAACCUGUUAUGGUGGAUUCUGUGUCAUGUUCCCAUGUUCAAGGGCAACAAAGCCAGCACCUGUUUUUCAACCUACCUAAACCUCAACCAGAGGCACAGCACAACUGCCAGCCAGCUUCAACUGUACAGGGAACAGGUUUGCUGCCUUCUCAGGUGACCAACAGCCAAGUCCUUCAACCUUCACAAAGUCAGUCUUCCCAGAUGCCCGGUGUGGUGUCACCUCAUGAGCUCCUGCAAAAGCUCCAACUGGUCCAGCAGGAGCAAAGCCUGGCUUCCCAGGAUCCCCCUCGACCAAGUCCAGGACUAGCCCCUCGAUUUCUGGGGGCCACUCAGGGUCAAGGUUCAGGCUCAGCCCCAAACCUGACCACAGCCACUGCAGGCCAGAAUGCUCCGCUGCCAUUUCAGGCCAUAUCCCCCCAGCGGAUACCAGCCUCCGUGGCUGCCAACCUGCUCCUCUCUCCCAGUGUGUUCACUCACGCAAAGUCUAGUGGUGGGUUGACGGUGGCAGCCCAGGAGAGCUGCCCUGUCCCCUCAGCUCUGUCCAGACCACCACAACAGGAGGAGAUCAGAAUUCUGUCCAGAAGCCAGCUUCAGUCCACACUUCUGAAUCUGAUCCAGACUGACAGCUCAUUCCUGGACACAAUCUACAAGGCCUACGUCAGCCGCUUUGCUAACAACUCCAGCAGCAAGUUCUGAUGUCUCCUCACCCCCCUCUGUCUGUGUGUACAUCCUGUCCAGAGUAGAGAGGAUCAUUCGUAUGGAUGUACCACUUCCUGCUUUGGACCUUCAUUCCAGUCUCUCUCUCUCUCUCUCUCUCUCUCUCUCUCUCUCUCUCUCUCACGCACACACACACACACACACACACAGGCACACACACUCUCUCAUUGUAUCACCUAUGAACUGUAUAGCCAGUCAACCUGACUCUCUUCAUGACAAAACAAGUAUCUCCGGUUGCAACAGAUUUUAUUACUAUAAUUUUUAGAAAUUAUUUUUAUUAUUAGAAGUGUUUGUUUCCAUAUCAGAAAAAUACAAAGUUUCAUCCUGUGACUCCCCAGGGGGAAAAACAUUUUCUCAGAUUGAGGAAAAAUGUGGCUUAACGCUACAGUCUUGACCCCACCUGUAGUAAAUCAGAAAGUGAAGCAUAUACUCUCGAUCUCUCUCAGAGAAGACAUAUCAAGCUGCAGCCUUGCGUUUGUGUUUGGAUUUAGUGUUACUUGCACUAUUUCUUUUCUUCAAGAGUAGCAGAAAUGUUUUCUUCUGUUUUUGGUUAUAAUCUGUAGUUCUUACUCUGACUCAGACGUCAACACCAGCAGCCUUUUUUGGCUUUAAAAAACAAGUCUUCCUGGUCAACGAGCUGACGCUGAAUUACAUGCUCCAACUGACUUGAAACCACCUUCUAAAUUGAAGUCGUAAAACAUGUUAAACAUGUUUUUGUUGUCUGUACAUUUGGAAAAGUAAGAACUUUUAAAUGUUAUCGCAAUUUGUUGGAUUUGAAUUUACUUUUUUUUUUUAAAAUUAAGUUCUUACACAGCUGCUUUCUAAAGGGAUUUUAAAUAUAUUUUACUUUCCAGAUUCUUUUAAAGUUAUUAUUAAAAUGGUACUUUGUCAUUUUGAUGCUUUUCUCUUUUAACAGCACAUUGGCAUUUUAGUUAAAGUAACUACAUGUCAUCCCUGGCCUUGUUGACUUAUUGUGAGUGAAAUAUUUGGAUAAGUUAGCUUGCAGCAAGACACAUUCAGGUGUAUAGAAGAGAAACUCUUCACAGCACUUUAUAACUUUACUAGUGCUUUAUUAGUUUUAUUUCUCCUUUAUUGACUAUCAUUAUCACAACCAGUAAUUCAAAAUGACAUGGUAUCCAUUUAACAUGAAGUAUCCAAGGAAAGUACAGGAGAAUAUUAACUUGCGCUACCUCACAAAGAGCUAGUUCGAAGGUCUUAUCUGUGGUUUCACUUAGCGGCAGAUUGUCAGUCGAGUGACUACACUGUUUUAAAGGUUAGAUAAUCCAGUUUGGAUUCAUAUUUCGGUUGUACAAAAGGAUUUUCACUUUUUCUCCCCCCAUCAGGGCCAUUACUACUUAACAUGUAGUAAUUCUGCAUUCAUGCCUCAGUUCUGAAGAUUCUCUCUGCCAAGCAAAACAACUCGCAGAAAUUCUCCACGGAAAUAACAAAGGGAAUAAUCACUAUUGAUCAAAUGAUUUACUAUUGAUACUGAAGGCAAGAAAAAGCAGCAAAGAAGGUAUGUAAAUAUAUCCAAUAAUUAUUAUUUGGAGUUCACAGACCUGUUCAAAGCAGGUAUGGCAGGAAAUAUUAUAAAAAACACAUUUCCAAAAUACUGUUAUGCUGUAUUAAUUGUGUAAAAAUCAACCAGACAAACCAAGUUUUCCACUUGACGUCAGUACAGCAGAAGCUGCAGUCAAUAAAAAUGUUUAAGGUUGUGUUUAGCUCCCGGUGCUAAACUCAUGUAUAGGCAGGCUAUACAGUAGCUACCAGAGAGUACAUUAAAACAACAGCAACAACACAAAGAAAAUACAUAAACAAUUGUUUUCUCCCUAUUUUUGUACUCAAAAAGCAAAGUGUAUUGUUAGCACAAAUAACCAGCAUGUUACAUUACAGCUAAAAGUGAGGAUGGUAGUGUGAUGCAUACAUUACAUAUCUACAGUUAAUGCUCAGAUUCCGAUGUCAUCCGUGAUCUUUUUUUAAAACAUUGUUAUUUGAAAUAAUAUGAGACAUUGGAAUGUUAAUGCAAACAUUUUUACAUAAGUUUUAUUUCUUUUUGUCAGGAAUGUUUUGCUCUCAGAACUGGAAUAUAUUUUAAUUGGAUAAUAAAAGUUCUCAAACCACC